AAGCUUGAGAAUGGCCCAGCUACCCCGCCCCGCCGCCUCGGUAAAAAAUCCCGCCGCGAGGGCAGACGCGCUGGACGUCGACGGUUCCGACCUCCGCCACGACGCCCUGUCCUCCCUCCCCCUCCUCCGGCCCUGCACCACCUCCCACCAGCGCUCCUCCCGUCGGCGCAUCCCGGGGCCCGCUUCCGCCGUCCACGACGCGAUGCGCCUCCGCUCCCCCCUAUCGUCCGUCCCCGCCGUGCUCGCGGACGGCCAGGCAGCGGACACCGACUUCCUGCUUGACCCGUGGAUCCGGGCGCUGCGCGAACUCGGGGAUGACCGCGCGUGGCAGCAGCCAGGUAUCGCGGAGAUUCGACGCGAGCGGGCAUUAGUUCGAGCGCGUCAGGUGGUGGGGAUGGUAACAUUGUGCACGCCAAAUGGAUUUGGUGACCUCGUGCUGAAUCUGAAGGACCCAUCUGGCACUAUUGAUGCAUCAGUUCACAAGAAAGUUCUCUCAAAUGGAAACCUUUGCAAGGGUUUAUCAGUUGGAUCUGUCAUUGUCCUCAAACAGGUGGCAGUUCUUCGUCCGUCUCGCACAGUGUGCUAUCUGAAUGUAACCCAGAAGAAUGUUGAAAUGGUUCUACAAAAGGAUAGUGACUUCCCAUUUGAGCAAGUAGUUUCACCAAGUAAUUCUGUAAGGCAAAGCCAACAGCCUGCAAAGUGCAACGAAGCAAGGAGAGCUGAAGCAUCGGAAGGAACGACUGCAAUCCUCAAUAAGAUCUCCAGGACCAAGGAUGGUCGGAUGGUCGACAUAUUUUGUGAUAAUGGUGGUGCACUGAAUGCUGUUAACAGUGGCAUUUUGAGAAUGGACAAAGAUAACCAUGGUGUAGAAAAUCAUCACGAGAAACAGUUGGAGCAAAUGCAUCCAAGUCCUCCAAGAAUGAAUUUACCAGGCUACAGUACUAGUCAACAGCUGCAGAGAAUCAUCAAUAGCAUGAAACCAACUAAUUGCCAGCUGAAACAAGGAGGAAGCUCACCCAAACAUGGAAUAAGGAGUGAAGCUGAAACAUCCACCAAUGAUAUAAUGAGGAAACUCACUGGUGGUCAAACGAUGGUGCCCAGUAGCAAGGAGAUACCUGUUGUGGAGGCAUCACAUUGUAAUUGCGGAACACCAGAUUCAAGCAACAAGGCUUCCAGAAUGGAUACUGAUGCUAGCUCAGAAAAGCAUCAGGAAAUUGGACUUCAGAAGAUGGUAGAACGCAAUUGCAGCAAGCAUGUAUCAAACAGCAAUAGUGAUGAGCAUCAGCUGCGAAAUCCGAGUGCCAAGACAAGAUCUUCCCAGCCUAUUAUAGGUGGAAGCUCAGCCAUGUCUGGAAGCGGUUAUUGUACAGCUUCUUGUACUGAAAAUCUGACAGGACUUGCUGAUGAUGAAUGGAUGCUGCCUAGCAACAAAAGGCUAAAGAGUGAUGCAGUAGUUUCUUAUGGCAAAGAUGCAAGAAUGGAUUUCAACAUUGGCACCUUAAGCAUGGAUACUGAGACCAAGUAUGGUUUAGAGAAUAGUCUGACCAUAGGUUUGGAUGAUAUAGCAGAAGAUCUCCAUGAUGAUCACACUUCAACCAGGAAAGUUGAGCAUCAGCAGAAGGACUUCCAUGCUGCAAAUGCGGGUACUCCCCAGCCAACUCAAGAAAAUCGCUCUAUGUCUGCCACUAGUGCUACUGGCAUCGGCGGAACAUUGCCUUCCAACCCAAAGAAGUUGGUUACAGUGGCUUCUGUAGCAGAAUGGACAGAUGAACAGCUUUCUGAACUUUUUAUUGACUACUAACAUUGGAGUGCAUAUUUCAUCAAGUAGGUGGCUAGAUUUGAGUCAAUGUUUGAUGUUAUCUGAAGGGUUCAACAAAGCCUGGCAAAACUCGCUCUUUUGGACACUUGCAUCUUAGUUUGUAUAUAGUUAUAGUCUAGAAAUUACUCUUUCGAAGAUAGUAUGGACCUUCUGCUCUUAUUGUUGCAUGUUGCUCCAAAAUCAGAUCAUACACCUAAUGUAGUCUCAAAAUUCCUUUGGGGAGGAAAGGAAUGUAAUCUCCUGUGCAUGAGAAAAUAUUGAUUACACUACUGUUAAA